AUGGCACUGCCACCAAGCACCACCGUUCCGCUCAACACAGUGCGAACGUGGACGCGGGAUGGGUUCCUGAUAUCGACCGACACCUCACUGAUCCCCAUCGCAGCACUUACCGAAGCGUUCAAUUCGGAACAGAUGUACUGGGCGAAGGGGCUUUCAGAGCAUGCAAUGCGUGAGAUGCUGUCCCACUCGCUCUGCUUUGGCCUGUACUCGCCCACGCCUGCGCCUCCGUGCUCCCAAGAGCCGACCGAUGCUGGACCAACGAAAGGCGCCGACUCAGUGGCGGAUACACCGCACGAGAUUGCGGAGUAUGUCCGCGCUGAUGGCCAACCUGGUAGAACAUCAUCCACAGCCUCGCCGUCACCAUCAACCAAUCUCAUCGGCUUCGCGCGCUGUAUCACCGACCACGUGACGCUCGUGUACCUGACCGACGUAUUCGUCGCUUCGGAAUGGCAAGGCCAGGGUCUGGGCAAGUGGCUGGUGAGCUGUGUGCAGGAGGUGGUGGCCGACAUGCCGGAUCUGCGCCGUAGCUUGCUCCUCAGCAGCGCUGCCGGGGCAGCGAAGCGCUUCUACGGCCAAUUAAUGGGUAUGGAUGAGUUGGGUGGUAGCGCGGUCUGCUUGAGUGCGAAGGGGCCCGGUUGUACUUUUUAG